UCAAAACAGUCACAGACUAAACGGAUGAUAUAUUGAUUUAACAUCAGUUUAAAUCAAGAGUAUUUUAGCCUCCCAAUUCAAAGAUGGCCGAGCAGCAGCACUGACGGAUGAAUUUAAUUUGGCGCUUUCUGCAUGAGAUUAAAACUGAUGAACAGGAUUCGGAUCCACGUGUUGCCGUCCAGCAGAGGUCGAGUGACUCAAGCUGCUCGUGUUCAAGAGCCUCAGACCUGUUCUUACGCCCAGAGACCGUGUUCACAGCCUCGUCUGGAGGGCCUAGAGUUCUGCAUCAAACAUGUACUUGAAGAUAAAAAUGCUCCCUACAGGCAAUGCAGCUAUGUGUCUAAUAAGAAUGGCAAGCGCUGCCCCAAUGCAGCCCCAAAACUAGAGAAAAAAGAGGGGGUAUCGUUCUGUACUGAACAUGCACGCAGAAAUGCUUUGGUUCAGCAGGCUCAAAUGCGGAAGGCAUCUGCAUCAGGACCUUCCCCUGAAGUCUUGCUGUCUCAGCUCAGUGGCUACUGUCGGCCGGAAACUGGAGCUCACAGUCAAGAGGGCCGUAGUGAAGCUAGUCGCAUACUAGAUGAAGAGAGUUGGAGUGAAGAGGAGCAGGAUCCUGUUGUUUUGGAUCAGACAUGGAGAGGAGACCCCGACAGUGAAGAUGAAAGUCUUGACAGUGACCACGAAGACCCUUUAAAGCAUGCGGGUGUGUACACAGCAGAGGAAGUGGCACUCAUCACACGUGAAAAGCUAAUCAGACUUCAGUCCCUCUACAUUGACCAAUUUAAACGUCUGCAACAUUUACUAAAAGAAAAGAAACGGCGCUACUUGCACAGCCGCAAAAUUGAACACGAGACAAUUGGGAGCAGCCUUUUAACGGGUCCAGAGGGGCUGUCCACGAAGGAACGAGAGAACCUGAAAAAAUUAAAGGCUCUACGACGCUAUCGCCGUCGCUAUGGUGUGGAGGCUUUGCUGCAUCGCCAGCUCAGACAGAGAAGACAAGCGAUUUCUGAGGGAGGAACGCCACAGGCAAUGCAUUUAGGCCAAAGAUGUAUUUCCUUUGUGGAAGGGAAUCGCUGUUCAAAUCCGUGUCUGCCAAUGACGCGACACUGUGUCUCUCACAUUUAUCAAGACAGUAGCCAAGUUUUGUUCAAAAUAUGCCCUGGUCUGAAGGACGUUCCGUGUGAUCGGCCUGUGCACAUGGGACAGUCAGAAGAGCCCCGCUGUCCUCUGCACCUGUCCCUGCCUCCUCCCAUGUACCAGCCUGAGCAGGAGUCCAUUGCCCCGGAGCAGCUGGCGUCUGCACCCACAGACAUGUACCUCAGUGCCGCAGAGCUCCAGCCAACAGAAAAUCUACCUCUGGAAUUCAGUGAUGAUCUUGACGUUGAAGAUGAGGGUUUGCAGUGUCCCCCGUCCCCCUUGCUAUUCGACACAGCGCUUGCAUUAGAAGACCAGACCAUCAGAGAGAUCGCCGAGGCCCCCAUGGACAUUCUGACAGGGGCGGAGCAGGACGAUCUGGAUGGCUCGGUCCAAGAUGCUGAGCUCUCGGAUAGAGACGAGGUGUCUGUGGAAGAUCAGGUUGAAUCUGAAAUGCUUGAAGCAGUUGGGCAAGCAGUUCCCAUGCAGAAUUCAUCAAAAGACUCUGACACGAAAACAACAGAUGCCUUCUCCUGAGCACCUCAUGACCUGAUUUUCUCAGCUGUCGUUAUGUUGAUAUUUCAAACAGCCCAGAUAUCUAUUUAAAAGCCAUAUUUCUGGAAGUUUGCUUUGAUUGCUGAAGCAUUUUUAACCUAACAUACUCAUUACUUAAAAUAUCACAGUAGCACAUGUUCUGAUAUAGACUGCAAGUGUCUUGUGAAAUUAAAAGGACCAUUAUAUGCA